AUGGGAACUUGUGCUCCGUGCAACUCAAAAAUUGACAUGAUAGAGAGUGAUAUUUUGAUAUCAAAAGAAAAUGUGUUUUAGAAAUUAAAAGAGUUAAAUUAAAAUACAAAAUCAACAAUAUUUUUGACAAUGAGAAGUAAUAAAAAGAUUAGUUAUGAAAAUUUUGCUGAUAAAUCCUCCUAAGUUAGUGAAAUAAAUGAAGAAAGAUCUGAGAUGAAAAAUAUACAUGAAAGCGUAAAAUUAAGGAGAAGAACUUAUAGUUUUUAAGAAAAGAAAUUAUAGUAGUCCCAUUUUUUUAUCAAUGAUCAAAAUGAUUCUACAAAAGUUAGAUGUUUUAGAUUUACAGAUCCUAAUCUUCCUAGAAAUUUAUCAAAUUCAUCAAGUUCAAAUAGUUAAUUUAGAGAAUUUAAUGCUCAUUUCAAAUUUAGUGACAAAUAAAUAAAUAUUGAAUCUGAUGAGAGUAAAUCAAUAAAAAGUAUUUUAAAAAAAAAGCCAAGAUAAAAGAGUGAGAGUAAAUCAGUUCACUUUGCAAAAAAUAUAAGUGUAAGCCAAACAAGAAUAAAAUCUAUAUCCUGUCAUCAUAAAUAAAACAAAAAAAAAAAGAAAAAGAUAAUUAAAAAUAUAACUUAAAGAUAUGAAAAUUAUUAAUUUUGA